AUGGCGUCCAAGCUGGUGCUCGGAAGGAUCCGAUCCAUCGGCCAGCUCGCUGCCCGCCGUCGGUCGCAGCUGCUCAGCCGCCAGGACGGGCUAGGUCUUCUCCUUUCUCCGGCGAGCAACCUCUCAUUCUGCAGCGCCACCUGUGCUGACAACGCAGUCAAGGAUCAAGAUACCCUCGUUAGGUUUUCAGAUCCACAGGUUGCUCAUCAAGAUCGACAGUUCGUUCAGUUCCUGGACAGGAUGCUGGACGCGAUAAGAAAUCCCCAGAGUCUUGCACGGAUACAGCGUGAGAGGCUUCCAAAUGAUCUGAAAAUACUGGAUGAUGACAUAUGAGGUUCUCUUACAGCAAUGCAGAAGUUAAAGCAGCGCGAUCUUAUGUUAUGUAAAGUGACUUUGAGAUAAAUUAUGUCAAGCUUGAGCAUAUGAGAUUGGUAUUGUUCAGGUUCAAAUUAUGAACAAGAACAUCCACGGAUGUCAAACGUAUUAUGUAUUUUAUGUUUUAAUUCCUGCGACUGAUUUCAUUACCAUGGAAGAAGCAGGAACCUGUUAAGAAAACAAAUAUAUGGCCAACAGAUUAACUGCUA